GCGAGCAGCGGGGGCAACUUCCGGCAAGGCGCAUCAUCGCCACCAUCGCUGUGUGCUGUCUUGUGGACUCCGACGCACGCCAUCUUCUGUUGCAGCGUACGUCAGUGGCCGCAUCUACGGGUCCGGUGUGCGUGUCUCUCUUCACUUGGUUCAGCAGCGGGCGUGUCUUCGGCGUUUGUGGCAGGCGACAUGCUCUUCGGGGAGGAAGAUUCCCAGAGAUGGAUCUUCGCGUCAGCGGGCACGGUCUGCGCAAAGAGGAGAUCGACACGGUCGCGAUGGCGGUCACUGCCGUCGUCGUGAACACGAUGGGCGGCAUGUCGUCGUCCUCAAGCGACAUGCUGACACAACUCCGAAAACGAAGAGUGUUGUUGCAGUGCAUUGCCGAAGCGCCGGAUUGCGUGGCAACGUGUGAUGCAGUCGUCCAGUUGUGCGUCGCGCUGUCAUCUGGCAUUUUCCCGCGGCGGACCCCGCGUUGGUGGAUCAAACGACGGACAGGCGGGACAUGGGAGGAUCUCCGCCUCUGUGAUGACGCGACAGACGAGUAUUACCGGCAUAAGUUGCGCAUGUCAUUGGCCAUGUUCAGGCAGAUCGUUGCCGCGUGCGCCGCGUACGUGGAGAAGAAGGUGACGCACUACAAGAUGCCUUUGCCAGUGGAGCAGGUGAUCGCUUUUGCGUUGUACAGGUGGGCGUCAGGAGAGACGUAUGAGAGCGGCACUCCGUCCUUCAGCAUCGGCAGGGCAACUGGACUGCAGGUCGUCCGCGACGUCACUUCGGCGCUGCUGCAGGCGUACCCCGACGCUAUCAAGUGGCGAGUUGGCCGUAGACGUGCGCAGACGCAUACCGCGCAGRUGGUGGUGGAUUUGGAUCUGCGGAUCCUCGACGUCCACAUCGGAUACCCGGGAAGCGUGCACGAUGUACGCGUCCUGCACAAUUCCCAGCUGUGGAGGCGUGCAGAAGCUGGCGAGCUGUUCGACGCACCUCCGGAGAAUCUGCCACACGGUGUCGUCACGCGAGGUUACCUGCUAGGCGACAACGGUUAUCCAGUUGCCUGUCCAUGGAUCGUGCAGCUGUACGGAGGAAUCGACCAACAUCCUGACGACGAGUGCUUCGACACGCGGCAGAAGGUGGCGCGGGGGUGUGUGGAGAGGGCAUUUGGGCGACUGAAGUGCAUGUGGCGUCUGUUUUUGCGCACCCACAAGACGAACCGGAAGACCUUGCCACAACAAUUCGUGGCAGUGUGCACUCUCCACAACAUCCUCCUCGACGCGGGGAUCGACUUCGAUGAGUACCUUUUGUGGGAGGUGGAUGAGAACGGCAUUCGUCGUAGAGUAGACUAGGGGAUUGUGGGGAACGGCGCGGGCGGGCAGCGACAGGGCACGAACGUGGACGGGGACUUGUUGUGGGAUGCACUUCGAGACCG